AUGGCAUUUCUCUACUCGUCCUAUAUUACUAUCUAUGCAAUUGCGAACCCACUUCUUGGAAAAUAUAUUGACGGCGUUUAUAAUUCUAGUGGAACUGUGCGACCGACACUCCUUAAUACUGCGGCUAUACAGUUGACUAUUAUCUUGGCAGUGGUCUUUGCGUCUGCUUUCAUUCCAAAGGGCGCAAUUGCGUUCAAUCCAGUGUUGCUUGAUGAGGAGGAUUCGGCUGAUCCAGUCGAUAGUGUUGAACAUCCGGAUGUCAUGUUUGACAAAAGUCUUGAUUCUCGUAAAGCUGAACAAGGCGUUCAAAAGGAGAAGAGCUUUCCACUGAUUACUUAUUUUUAG